AGUCUAGUGCUCGAGCGAGGAGGUUGUGGCGUCUUGCGUGUUUGAGAUUUAAGCUCCAGCCAGGAUGAUCGAGGUUGUUUGCAACGACCGUCUGGGGAAGAAAGUCCGUGUUAAGUGCAACACCGAUGACACCAUUGGGGACCUUAAGAAGCUGAUCGCAGCCCAGACAGGGGCCCAUUGGAACAAGAUUUUCCUUAAGAAGUGGUACACGAUUUUUAAGGACCACAUGUCGCUAGGGGACUAUGAAAUCCUUGAUGGGAUGAACCUGGAGCUUUAUUACCAAUAGAGCAGAA